CUCCUUGUCAGCUCGUGCACACUGUUUUGCAUGGCUGUGCACAGCACAGCCAUGGAAAACAGUGUGAUUACAGUGAAGCACAAACACACCCAGCAUACAGUUAAUCCUUUGAUCACCCUUCAUGUUAACCCCUUCCUGCCCAGUGUCAUUAGUACAGUGUCAGUGCUUUUUUUUUAGCACUGAUAACUGUAAUGGUGUCACUGGGGAUGACAGUGACACCAAGUCAGUUCCCCCCAGUGUCAGAAUGCCCGCCGCAGUCCUGCUAUAAGUCGCUGAUCGCCCCCAUUACUAGUAAAAAUUAUUUUACAAAAAAACUCCAAUAUCUAUACCGCCAUUUGUAAACGCUAUAACUUUCACGUAAACCAAUUAAUUUA